CGGUUACGGACCUAGUCGUGUGUCCCUAGUUAGUUCUUGGUCCACUCCCACUGUUCCAUAUCCAUACCUAACCUACAAACAGUUCACAACUGGUUCUCUAGUGGCAUUUGUUUCGUUCUAGAAGAUUUGGGACUGUAUUUGAUCAAUUUACCCGCUGAGAUGGGCAGAAAGGGAGGCAAGCUGCGACUAAUCACCUACAUGUGUCCGAGCCACCCUGUAGAGUUGUACGAGUUGCUCAUGGUGUACCUAGAAGAGGCUCUAGAUUGUGAGGCGACACUCAUCUACGAGACACGAGGCAACGGCCCUCUCCCCGACCGAGAAGAUCCCUUCACUGCUGACUCCGUUGAUAUAGCUUUCGUAACUCCAGCUGCCUACAGAAAGGUGGUUGAAUCAAGAAAUGAAUAUGCCGAACUUCUACCAGUCGCUCCAGUAUUCAAACAUCCUCUGAACAAGGACAACUCUCCUGGAUAUCACUCGGACAUCAUCAUCCACAUUGACGGAAAGAAGCAUGUCAAAGAGUUCCUAGAUCUGCGAGGAUGUAGAUGGGCGUACUCGACUGAUGAAUCUCUCAGUAGUUCUACGAUCGUGCUGAAGAGGUUAAAGGAAUUGGGAGAAAACGCUUCCUUCUUUGGAAACUCUAUAAGGUCAGGCUCUCAUCUAGCCUCGAUACAGAUGGUUCUACAGAAGCAAGCGGAAGCAGCAGCAGUUGACGCUAACACUCUAGCCUACAACCAACUCUACCUUCAAGACCGAGGGAAAGACAUCUUUGUAUUGGACAGUCUGGGGCCUUUGCCUCCUUACCCAAUCAUUGUCAACUCUAGGAUGUCAGAUGAACGAAAGAAACAACUAUGUUCAGCACUUUUAAAGCUGACUGACACUAGACUUUGGGGCGAGAGAAUUUCCAAAUUUGGAGUCACUGGAUUUGGAAAAAACAGCGAAGAAAAGUAUGAUCUCGUUACAGAGUUAAUGGACUCUGUGAAAAAUAUUGGCCUGGGCGUAAGAUACUAUUAAUAUUGUUUAUAAUUUUGAACAAAGACUGUAAUUUUUGUCAAUAAAGUCAUAAUAUUUUGAACCAUAAUUGUAUUAAACAAAGUCAAUGUUAUUUUGAUACUGAUUGUUCUUGUAUGUUUUGAUAUUUGCAAAUAUAAUGUUAUACUGGC